UGAAAGGAGAGCUGUCUUGCAGUAAUAAUUAUUAAUAAGGUUUAUUUAUUGAUUUAAAUCGAAUGUUUGAUGCAAAACUAACGCACUAGCAUUUGUUAUAUAAUACACUGAAUAUUACGAUUACCCACUGCUUGCAAAGAAGACUUGCUGUAACUAGAACAGAUGAUCCUAUUAGUUUUACCUCACCUCAAUAAAGGGAGACUACUUCUUGUGUCGAGUUGGAACAUGGCCUCGAGAGGAGUAAGCAGCCUGAUACACGACAAGGCGUAUGUUGAUGGGCAGUGGGUGGCGGCCAAGUCAGGCAACACAUUCGAAGUGUUAAACCCAUCAACUGGCAGUGUUGUAGGUGUUGUUCCUGAUAUGAAUGCUGAUGAUGUUGACGUGGCUGUGAAGAAGGCAUACCAGGCUUUUCUGUCGUGGAAAGAAACAACAGCAAAGGAACGGAGUGAUAUUCUACGACGCUUUUACGAUCUUUCUUGUCAACAUCAAGAUGAACUCGCCAAGCUGAUCACAGAAGAAAACGGAAAACCUCUGUCUGAUUCCAAAGGUGAGGUGGCUUAUGGGAAUGGUUUCAUCGAGUGGAAUGCCGAAGAGGCAAAACGAGUGUACGGAGACAUAAUACCAUCAUCUGUGUCAUCAAAGAGAAUCUUGGUCCUAAAGCAGCCAAUCGGAGUGUGUGGAAUGAUCACCCCUUGGAACUUUCCCCAUGCCAUGAUUACGAGAAAAGCUUGUACCGCGUUGGCGGCUGGGUGUACCGUUGUUCUGAGGCCAUCGGAGGACACCCCAUUGACAGCCCUGGCUCUCUGUGAGCUUGCAGAGAAGGCUGGCUGCCCUAAAGGAGUGAUUAAUGUGGUGACAAGCUCCCGGGAAAACGCUGCACCAAUUGGAAAACAUCUAUGUGAACAUCCAUUGGUGAAGAAGAUAUCGUUCACAGGAUCAACUCAUGUGGGCAAGAUCCUCCUGCAGCAGAGUGCCAGCACGGUUAAGAAGGUGUCACUGGAGUUGGGUGGUAACGCUCCGUUCAUUGUGUUUGACAGCGCAGACGUUGAUGCUGCAGUCACUGGGACAAUGAUGUGCAAAUUCAGGUGUUCUGGACAGACGUGUGUAUGUGCCAACAGAAUUAUGAUCCAAGAAGGAGUCUAUGAUGAGUAUGUCAAGAGGCUUGCUGACAGAAUGAAGCAGGAGCUCUUUGUAGGAGACGGAUUUACAGAUGGAAUAACUCAGGGUCCACUUGUUAAUGAAAGAGCUGUACAAAAGGUUGAGGAUCUUGUAAAAGAUGCCACAUCGAAAGGUGCUCAGGUUGUACUUGGAGGAAAACGGCAUGACAAGGGAGGUAAUUUUUAUGAGCCCACGCUUUUGAAAAACAUCUCUACAGAAAUGAAAUGCGUCCAGGAAGAAAUAUUUGGACCUGUGGCCAGUGUAAUGAAAUUCAAGACUGAGGAGGAAGCCAUUGCAAUAGCAAAUGCUACUAGUGUUGGACUUGCAGCAUAUUUCUAUUCACAAGAUGUGACUCAGGUGUUUCGGGUGAUGGAGAAACUUGAGGUCGGGAUAUGUGGGGUUAACGAGGGAAUUCUCUCCACCGUUCAGGCUCCGUUCGGCGGAGUCAAGGAGUCUGGGCUGGGCCGUGAAGGAAGCAAGUACGGGAUUGAGGACUACACCGAGAUAAAGUAUGUCUGCAUUGGAGGACUCAAGUGAACAUUUCAUUGUCAGCCAACAAGAAGAUGAAGCUAUAAUACACUCCCCCACUUGAGGCCCAGAAGAUUUACUUUUUUGUCCUAUUCCUAUUACAUGUGUGUACCAGGUAUAUAUAUAAUACACCCAAAUAUGUGCUUGUACCCUCCAUACUAUAUCAUGCACCCCCCACCCACCCCCCAUUUCAUAUGUUGUUCCUACGUGCCUAAGUUUUAAAUUUGUAAAUCUGGUUGUGAAUUAGAACACAUUUGAUUAUAUGCAGACAUCUUAUUGUGUUUUUGAAGCAGUGACUUACAACCAGUAACUGGUUUUAAGAAAAUAAGAUUAAUUUGUCAAUGAUCAAGAUGAUGAGCUUUUAGUUUGAAAAUCUGGUUGUUACCUUAAAGGUACUUAAUAAAUACUCUUAAAUAUGUAUAAAAGAUUGUAUGACAGGGCUCGAAAAAGAAAUAUGGCUUGCUGGAUAUGAUACAUCACUUAGUGAGUGGAGGGUUCGGGACAGUGUGUGAAAAUUAGAACUUCUGAGAUGUAUAUCGGAGCAUUGUUAAAUUAAAAUACAACAGAAUCACAAGCUUAGCUUCAGAUGAGAUGAGAUAUAUCUGUCACAUGAAAAAUGACUUGAAAAUUUUGGGUAAUUUUAGCUUUUGAUUUUUUUUUUUUACCUGGCCUGGUACUUGUAAAACAUUUAUAGUCAAGACUCAAAACUCUAAUAGAUUUUUUUAAUGUAUAUGGUUGUUGUUAGUUCCAUAUUGGUCCAGAAAAAGAGGGAACCAUAGGUUUCAUCUGUGUUCUGUCCAUCUGUCUGUCUGUCUGUCUGUUUGACUUUCAUGUGGAUUUGGUCAUUUUUGUUUUCAAGGGCCAUAACUCUGUCAAAAAUAUAAUUUCCAUGUGUGGCAGUUAUGGCCCUU